AGUCUGAUCAGAGAAGAUGGAAGAAGUGGAGGGGCAGACAGUGAAGCAAGUCCGGUCUGGAGAGUUGUUGGAAGUUGGUUCUUCACAAGGUCUGUACAACAAGUUAUUGCUAAAUUCGAAGCAGAACAACAAAACUGCCUUGUCUUCACCAAUUGUUAGAAUGCCACGGAGCAGCAUACUUGACCGAGUCCAGAGCUUCCUGCCUCAGAUGGCCUCAGCCAAUGAAAAACUCAGCAAAGACAUUGAAACCUGCCCAGCCGGGGCCUAUGACAUAGAGAAUGUUGAAGAUCGGGAAAAGAUCAUUGAAAUGGAUGUGGCUUUGGUUGAACUGAGCAGUUCUGACUCCAGUGAAGAAGAGGAGAGCAGUUCAGAUGAAAGCUCUGACAGUGACCCAGAAGAUGAAGCAGUAACAGAACACAAUAUCAGACUGAGCCAAAAAAGAAAGAAAGCCAAAAUCGAAGUCUUAAACUUAAAUUCCCAAAUGAGUUAGGGCUCAUGAUGACGGGCCUCGUUUUCCUA